GUACUUGGCCUUUUCUUGGUGUCUCUACACUGCACAUUCCUAGUCACUGACGCCUACAAGACUAACCUUGACAACCCGGAAGACAACAUUGAACAUCAAAACCGAGAACCCUCUUCUGCAUUUGGCUCUAGAAUGGAAAAUGACAGAGUUAAUAACAUUGUUUCACCCUCAGAAAACCGGUUAGGCGAAAUGGAGGAUAUGAAAGAAUCUCUGGAAAAUUUAGUGCGAGGUUUGCUACAUCCUCUUGACCAACUUCCUAUGACGAUAGACUUGGCAUCGCCUGCCUUUCGGGAAGCUCUGCGGCGCUCUCUCCUUACCAAGUGGCGUACAGAUGAAGACAGCAGGGAGAGGGCAGUAAACACAUUGCGUGCUCUUCUAACUGAUUUGGGUAAACGAGGAUGGAGUAGAGUAUCCGUUCAGACCAGAUUUGCCCCGUUUGGGACCAAACUGGUGCCUAAUAGGAAGCUGGAGAACGGAGGUGCAACUUUACUGCGUUACGGGCGCAAUUCUGAAAACCCAUAA